UUUACCUCUCCCUUCCAUAAUCUUUCUCGACAAAUGAUAGGAUUUGACCUCUCCUACUUUCCCUAUCCAUCCACCUACUUUUCCCCGACCAAGCAUCGUGUUAGGGUAGUUUUGUCUUCCCCUCCAAUUCCAAUGAUUUUUCGAACCUUCUUCCUCCAUUUCACCCCUUUUUCACUUCUUUCUCUCCAUUUCUCUCUCUUCAUGCCACGGAAAUGAUUUCCCUCCCAUGGAACAGGUUGUUGAAAACACUUGCUAAUUAGGGUUUCGGUCUCUGUGAGUUCUAAGCGAGCUUUCCAGGGUUUGACGGAGCUGCGCUGGGUGUUUUCUACAUGGCGGCAGCCAAUCCACAACCUCUGCAAGCCCGACCAUUUGAGGACCACAUGCGGGGUCCUAUACCUGUAGACGACGGCGACGACGAUGAGGAGUAUGAAGAUGGUGGUGGUAAUGAUGGCGAUGAUGCCAUGGACGACUUGGGAGAGACUCAUAUGAAUUCGGUCAGCGUUGCCAACCAUGGAGGUGUGGUUAUGGCGUCCAGGACCAGUGAGCUCACUCUUUCUUUCGAAGGCGAGGUGUAUGUUUUUCCUGCUGUUACGCCCGAAAAAGUGCAAGCAGUGCUCUUGCUACUUGGGGGGCGUGAUGUACCCACUGGUGUACCUACUGUCGAUGUGCCUUACAAUCAAAAUAACAGGGGUGUAAUUGUAGGUGACGCUCCAAAGCGUUCAAAUCUUUCACGAAGAAUAGCCUCCCUUGUUAGGUUCCGUGAAAAGCGGAAGGAGAGAUGUUUCGACAAGAAAAUUAGGUACACUGUACGUAAAGAGGUUGCACAGAGGAUGCACCGGAAGAAUGGGCAAUUUGCAUCAUUAAAAGAAAGUUCUGGAACUUCGGGCUGGGACUCGUCACAAAGUGGUCCUCAAGAUGGCACUAAUCGUCCAGAAACUGUUUUGCGGAGAUGUCAACACUGUGGUGUUAGUGAGCAUAAUACGCCUGCAAUGCGUCGUGGGCCUGCUGGUCCUAGAACGUUAUGUAAUGCAUGUGGUCUUAUGUGGGCAAAUAAGGGAACACUGAGAGAUCUCAGUAAGGGAGGAAGAAACCUUUGUACAGAUCUCAUAGAACCUGAAACACCACUUGAUGUCAAGCCUUUGGUUGCGGAAGGAGAAUUUUCAGGCAAUCAGGAUGAGCAUGGGACUUCUGCUGAAGAUGCUUCUAAGAUGGUUAUUGAAGGUUCCAAUGAUCCUUAUGUCAACCCUUGUGAGGAUUUACACGGAGCCACUGAAGUUCUUGUAAAUACUUUGCCCAUUGGAAUCAUGCAUUCUUCGGUCAGCGAUGAUGAUCAGGAGCCUCUGGACGAGCUUGCUAAUCCUUCAGAUAGGGACAUAGACAUCCCGACUGACUUUGAUUAGAAGGUGAUGAUUGUUCUUUCAGAAUGAUGUCAGAAGAUCUGGAUAGUUGUCGGCGAUAACAUUUAGCAUAUCUCUCAUGUUAUUAUUGUGCAGCUUACAUGUCAUAGUUAACAGUCAUUACAGGGACAAUUUAGGGAUUGAGUUGGCUUAACUACAGUUAUAUCUGGUUCAUGUUCAACUUAAGCGAUCUUUAUCACUCAAUGAUACGCCUACUUCUAGCUGGCAUUAGAAUAUGUGGGGGUAUGUAUGGAUGGUAAAGCAUCCUGGGUGUCCAUUUUGUAUGUGUAAGUUUGGUGGAGAUGUAUCGUCUGCUUACCUUAUCAUUUUUUAAAAUGUAAUUUUUUUAGGGCU